AUGCCAGCCUCCACACCCUUGUCCCCCGGGAUGCAAGCCAAUUUCAAGGGCUUCACCUUUGUGAAUGAGAGCUCUAUCGACCACCACCUUAUGGACGAGAGCGACCAUAUGGAAGAAGAUUCCAUGCACGACGAUUACUGGCAACGAGGCCACCGGUCAGGCAACUCAGGUGACCAGCGCAUGGCAGGCGUCCAGAAAUCGCACGACGGCACGGAACCCGGGAUUUUCAACGUUGAUGAUACCUUUGACAUGUGA